AAUGACGGAAAUCUGGAGUUUAGAUGCACUUUGUCGAUGUUGUCAUGCAGACGGCGAUUUCAAAGAUUUACGAUCAGUGUAUGUUUUCGAUAACGGGCCUGAAAAUUAUCUUAACAUGUUACUCGAGACCUUGGGAGUCACGAUAAAGCCUCCGUCCGUGAAUGCAAGCUACUCCAUCUGCGACGCGUGCAUCCUGCAUCUCCGCAGUGCUGCCAACUUUAAGAAGAAAGUACUGGAAUGUGAGACAAAGUUUGAGGAAUAUUGCAAAAAUGAGUUGUCACAAACAAACUAUGAUAUAAAGACUGAACCAGAAUAUUUAGGUAAGUGA